AGGAGGAGGAAUCAGAAGAGAGAGAGCUGAAUAAAGAGAGGGGAGAUGAAACAAGUACAGCAGCUUAGGCAGGAGGGCUGGUGAAUGUGGCAGAGAAAUGUCUCAGGCAUGGAAUGGCUCAGUCUCAUCAGAGCUGCCACCCGGAGGAAUUAUAGUGCCUGUGGUCUUCUCCUUGAUAUUUGCUCUGGGCACAGUGGGCAAUGGUCUAGUCUUGGUUGUGCUUCUCAGGAACGGGCAAACCAAAUACAACACUACCAAUCUAUUUAUUCUCAACCUGGGGGUGGCUGACCUGUGCUUCAUACUACUAUGUGUCCCCUUCCAGGCAACCAUUUACACUCUGGAUGGCUGGCUAUUUGGAGCUUUCCUCUGCAAAGCUGUGCACUUCUCUAUCUACCUGUCCAUGUAUGCCAGCAGUUUCACGUUGGCUGCAGUCUCAGUUGACAGAUAUCUUGCCAUCCGCUACCCACUUAAAUCAAGAGACCUCCGUACAUCUAGAAAUGCCUUGGCAGCUAUUGCGGUUAUAUGGGCUCUAUCUAUUCUGUUUGCUGGCCCUUACCUGAGUUACUAUCACAUCAUCCUUUACAAUCAAGUUCCCAUCUGUAUUCCCAAUUGGGAGGAUCGCAGGAGGAAAAUUAUGGAUGUCUCGACCUUUGUUUUUGGUUACCUUCUGCCCGUGCUUAUUCUGGGACUUUCCUACGCUAGGACCAUAUGCUUUCUGUGGACCUCAGUGGAUCCUGUAAAAACUGUGUCUGAAUCCCGAAAAGCUAAACAUAAAGUGACCAAAAUGAUAGUCAUAGUAGCUGUGCUCUUUUGCAUUUGUUGGCUUCCUCACCAUCUGGUGAUUCUCUGCUUCUGGUUUGGCCACUUUCCCUUCAACAGAGCCACAUAUGCUUUCCGCUUGGUGUCCCAUUGUAUGUCCUAUGCUAACUCUUGCCUCAAUCCCAUUGUUUACGCUCUCAUCUCCAAACACUUUCGGAAGAGAUUCAAGCAAGUCUUCACGUGCAUGCUUACCCAGAAGCGGGCACGCAACAAAGUUCAUGCAGUGCAGGCUGCAAACACAGUAGCUGGCUUUUAUGCUGGACACACAGAGGUCACCCAGGUUCAAGAGGAGACUGCUCGUGGAGGAAGAACAGCAACAGAGGAAGGUGCUGAGAAUGCCAGCCCAGAGGAAUUAUUAAAUCCAGGGAUGGUUGGUGGAAGUUGGGGGACACGUUUGCCCAAGCCUGUUGGUUUCACAACACAAACAACAUAAAAUAGCAUGCCAAAUUAAAUAAAAAAAGACACAAUGAUGGAAUUAAAACUGCACCACUGAAGGUAAAAGAAUGACUCGGUAAUUGGUUCACAUCCAUUUGUAAGAUCUGGUUACGUUAAACAGUUUAAACCUUCAUAUACCUCAGGCUACAUCAGAUACAUUGUAUCUUCUUUGGAUGGAGGAUUUGCUAUGCCUGCACAAAGACAGAACCUAACUGUGAUAAUAAUACCUUAGCAAUGGAUGGGAAGUUUUUUUAAGUGAAGGAAUAAAUACAUUUAAUCUUUUUCAGAUUUACAUACCCUAGUACUGUGUAACUGUUUAUGAGGGCAUGGUAUGAUUACUAUAUUAGUCCUGCAUUGUAUAAUGGCUAUAGGCAGUUUAAGUAUAAUCCUUAUAUAAAUUCUAACAGGAAGAGAACAAAACAAAAGAUGCUCUAUAGAUGCAGAAUCAUUCGUGAGCAAAGUCCAGUAAGAGCUUUGCAACAUUUGUGCUCCACUGAAUGAAAUAAGGAGCUUUGCUAAGUGUGCUUAAUGUGCCACACACUACAAACAACUUGCAAUUUAUUUCAUUAUAACAUAGCAUAAUAAGUGGCAUUUUAUUCAGGGCUUGACAAAGGGUUCUGGAUACUGGGUACUCUUGUAGCGCCCCCUGUAAUGAUGAUAAAAACAGAGAGCAGUACAUUUGCAUGUGCAGGAAAUCAGUAUUCAUAUUGGAUAUGUGCAGGUAAUGAAGGUUAUACAACUGAAAUUUUGAUCUUGACAUCUAAAGAUCUAAUGGUGUUUAUAGUGUGCAAAGUAGAGUUUGACUUCUGGGGAAUACGAGUUAUAGGCCCUACACACUGGCCGACAUCACUGCACGAUGUGAACGAUCUCGUUCAUUAAUGAACGAGAUAACGUCAUAUCGUGCAGUGUGGAGGCACCAGCGAUGAACAAUGCGCGGCCCCGCGCUCGUUCAUCGCUGGUGUCCCGUCGGCUGUGCAUGCAGGCCAAUAUGGACGAUCUCGUCCAUAUUUGCCUGCAGUUCUAUGGAGCCGUGUGACGGGGGGAGUGAAGUAACUUCACUCCCCCCGUCACUGCCCCCCCCCUCCGCCGCCGGGUCGGCCGUAUCCGCCGUCGGGCAGCUCGGCGGCGGAUCGGCCAAUGUGUAGGGCCCAUAAGACGCUAAAGAUAAUCACAUGCAGCUCUUCAGGCUACCCAGAUGGCACUGUAACACAAUAACGUACAUAAGGUACAUAUUUUAGCAGUAAGUUACAUGGUGAUGUCACCACAGCCAGUGGUGACGACAGGGGAUGGGGGGGCAGGUACUAUUUACAUGGACCCAGCCAGCUGUUGGGGCCCAAGUCCACCUCCUACUUACCUGGCAGCAGAACUUGCAGCUCUUCUCCUCAGUCCAGCACACACUGUGUGGCCAGGGAAGCACUAAAAGUUCUAUUUUUUCUGUAUUUGUUUCUAAGUGUGCAGGGCCAUGCCUCCGAUGAUUAGGCCACAUCCCCUGAAAAGUACCUGGGCCCGGCCAGGCUCUCUACUGCUCUGGCCACAGCUAUAUUGUAGUCCCAUUAAGAACUUAUCGCAACACCACCUCUGGAUGACUGUAUAACUAACAAGCUUCUUUAAUAAAGCAGUGCACCCACAGCUGGCAUGAAAUGAAUAAUGGGCCUAAUUCAGACCUGAUUGCUAGCUAGCAGUUUUUUGCAGCGCUGCGAUCAGAUAGUCGCCGCCUACAGGGGAGUGUAUUUUAGCUGUGCAAGUGUGCGAACGCAUGUGUAGCCGAGCGAUACAAAAAGAUCUUUUGCAGUUUCUUCGUAGCCCAGGACUUACUCAGCCGCUGCGAUCACUUCAGCCUGUCCGGGACCAGAAAUGACGUCAGACACCCGCCCUGCAAAAGGCUUGGAUACGCCUGCGUUUUUCCAAACACUCCCAGAAAACAGUCAGCUGACACCCACAAACGCCUUCUUCCUUUCAAUCUCCUUGUAAUCGGCUGUGCGAAUGGAUUCUUCAUACAAUCCAUCGUCCAGCAACAAUCCACUUUGUACCCGUACAAUCUGCCUGCGCAUUGCUGUGCAUACACAUACGCAGUUCUGACCCGAUCGCAGCGCAGCGAAAAAAUUCUAGCGUACGAUCAGGUCUGACUGACCCCCUAUGUCUUCAUUUUAGUCCCCAGCUGCCAAUUGCAUGUCACCCCUGAAGUCCUGGAGCCCUGGACUGCAGCCUAAUAUGCCUAAUGAUUCAUCAGGCACCGAUUUCACAAGUGAGACAAUGAUGAAUUAAUGUGUUUUAUUUAUUCCCAAAAUAAAAGCAUAUUGUAAAUAAGAUAUAUUUUUUAGCACAUAUAGUAGACACUAUUAAAUUAAAUUAAAUGCUAUCUUUGUUUUAUGAUUGCGCUGUAUAAAAUCUGUUCAGAUCUAUUUUGUCAACCGAGAUGCUGCCUAUGAUAACUCUUAUUUAUUGGUUUUUGCUUAUUAUUGCUUAUUUAUUGAUUUUUGUCAUUGACUUAAUUAUUAAUCACCCAUAAAAUAACAAUCAAAUCUCAGAAACAAUAAUGAGAUUCCCCACUGUUUACAUGAUUAUGGGUUUUAAUCUGAGGUCUUUAAUUGCUGACCUCUACUUAUGUCCUACUUCUCCAACUACUCCAUACCAUGUAAUCUGUACAUCCUACUUUUCUUAUUUUGAGAUCGUACUGCUGAUGCAGAAUAAACUUAAGUUAAAUAACUGUGUCUGUU